AUGCGUAUUGUGACUUAUGAAGGGCAAAUUGAGAUCUCACUUCCGCCAGCGAAACUGUUCAAGAUGAUUAUCCUUGAAUCUGAAAAAAAUGUCUCCAAGGUGCUGCCAGAUGCUGUUAAGAGUUAUGAAACUCUUCAAGGAGAUGGAGGACCUGGUACCAUCAAGAAAACUACCUUUGGCGAUGGAAGCCCAAUAACUCAUGUUAUUGAGACGAUUGAUCUAAUCGAUAAAGAGAAUUAUACAUAUCACUAUUCCAUAAUCGGAGGCGAUCCUGCUCUGAUAGAUACAAGCAUAGUUGAGAAAAUGUCUUUCCAGCUUAAAUUUGAAGCAACUCCUGAUGGUGGAACCAUUGCCAAACGCAGUUGCAAGGCUUACACGAUUGAUGGAGUUGAAGUCAAUGAAGAGGAAGUUAGGGCUGGUCUAGAAAUGACCACUCAACACUUUUAUGCAAUUUACAAGACUUUUGAAGCUUAUGCUUUAGCAAAUCCUAAUGCAUAA